AUGUACCUACAGUUAGCAGUAUUAUUGGUGGCGUCGUGGUUUCUAGGAAUAGGGGCCGGCAGUCUGGGACACGAACAUGUACACAUACGCGUCCACAUUCCCGAAGAUCAUCACCACCACGACGAUCAUCACCAUCAUGAGGUAAUACACUUGAGUGGCGGCGGAGGGUUCGGCGGAGGCGGAGGAUUUGGCGGGGGAGGUGGAUUCGGCGGAGGGCACCACGGAGGCGGCGGAGGCUUCGGCGGAGGCUACGAGUACCAUGGCGGAGGCGGCUUUGGCGGCGGGCACGGAGGGGGCGGAGGAUAUGGAGGAGGGCACGGCGGUGGGUACGACGAUCAUCACGGAGGCGGUGGAGGAUUCGGCGGAGGGCACGGCGGUGGUUAUGAUGACCAUCACGGAGGAGGCGGAGGGUUCGGUGGAGGUUACGGAGGCGGACACGGAGGUGGAUACGGUGGCGGUCACGGAGGGGGCCACGGGGGAGGAUUUGGAGGAGGAGGCCACGGAGGCGGAUUCGGUGGUGGUCACGGGGGCGGAUACGGAGGUGGUCACGGAGGAGGAUUUGGAGGUGGUCACGGGGGCGGAUACGGAGGUGGUCACGGAGGUGGAUUUGGAGAUGACCACGGGGGCGGAUACGGAGGUGGUCACGGAGGCGGAUUUGGAGGUGGUCACGGAGGAGGAUUUGGAGAUGACCACGGGGGCGGAUACGGAGGUGGAUUUGGAGGUGGCCACGGAGGAGGAUUUGGAGGUGGUCACGGAGGCGGAUACGGAGGUGGGCACGGAGGAGGAUUCGGAAGCGAUCACGGAAGUGGUCACGGAGGAGGAUUUGGAAGCGAUCAUGGAGGCGGAUACGGAGGUGGCCACGGAGGAGGUGGUGGAGGAUUCGGUACCAGCGGCCAUGGCGGUUACAGCUCCAGCGGCCACGGAGGUUACCAUUACUAA